CCUUAUCCAUUUGCUCUAGCUCACACCCAUUUCACAUUUUCUCAGGUCUUAUCCACUAUAAAAACCCUCCCUCAAGAACCCUUUGCCCCACCAAGGUUCCAAGAAAAAAAGAGGAGAAAAGAAGAGAUUUUUGAACUCAGGAGCUGCCUGUCACAGAGAGAGAGAGAGAGAGAGAGAGAGAAUGGCCGACAUAGCGAUCCUGGUGGCGGAGGAGUACGAGAGGAGGAUCAAGAAUUACCCGAGGAUGAACCUGAAGGUUGAAGAAGGCGGUGCGGGUGAUCGGUUCGAAGGUCUGAGCCUGAGAAUGGUCGGUUCUUCCGUGUCCUCGUUUUCAGAGAGAGUGAUGAAGAAGAUGAUGGGAGAGGCAAAGAAGCUGGAGGUGGUGAAGUGGGUGUUGGAGCCCAAGAGCCCCCUGAGUCUCGCAGCCUCCAAUGGACUCUUCUCUGCUUGACCCCUCCUCCUCCUCUCCUCCCCUUGUUCAAAU